GGAGGAUGCGAGCCGAGGGCGGCCGAGCCGCGGAUCAGCUACCUGUGUGGCCCGGGCGGCCGCUGCCGGGACCUGCCGGAGACAUCGCCAUGUGAAGGGGCAGACCCCGGGCCGGCUCUCCACCCCGCCUCGCUCAAUGGGAGAUUUGUUUGGCUUUACACAGGCAAUGCUCCCAAAGACUGUAUGAUAAUUCCUGGUGGCCAAAAGCAGAGGCGCAUUGUGGCCACUACAGAAAAGGAGCAAGAACAGGAGGGCAGGAGCUUCCCGCUGCCUCUCUGGCAGAGGCACCAAGUGCGUGGCCUGUCUGCAUCCCAGCAAAGUACUGGUUUUCGAGAAGUAAGCGAGACUGAGAGCCACCUCGGGGCACUUGGAGAGGAGGAAGAGGACUGGUGCCAGCAUGGAUAAGGACAGCACAAACCUGGCUGACCAGCAGUAUGAGUGUGUGGCUGAGAUUGGGGAAGGAGCCUACGGGAAGGUGUUCAAGGCUCGAGACUUGAAGAACGGAGGUCGCUUUGUUGCGCUGAAGCGGGUGCGGGUGCAGACCAGCGAGGAGGGGAUGCCGCUGUCCACUAUCCGAGAGGUGGCGGUUCUGAGGCACCUGGAGACGUUCGAACACCCCAACGUGGUCAGAUUGUUUGAUGUGUGCACCGUGUCACGAACAGACAGAGAGACCAAGUUAACAUUAGUGUUUGAACAUGUGGAUCAAGACUUGACUACUUACUUGGAUAAAGUUCCAGAGCCUGGAGUGCCUACUGAAACUAUAAAGGAUAUGAUGCUUCAGCUGUUUCGGGGACUGGAUUUUCUGCAUUCUCAUCGUGUGGUGCAUCGGGAUCUGAAACCCCAGAAUAUCCUUGUAACCAGCAACGGGCAGAUAAAGCUAGCUGACUUUGGCCUCGCACGAAUCUACAGUUUUCAGAUGGCUCUUACCUCAGUGGUUGUUACUUUGUGGUAUAGAGCUCCUGAAGUCUUGCUUCAGUCCAGUUAUGCAACAGCAGUUGAUCUUUGGAGUGUUGGCUGCAUAUUUGCAGAAAUGUUCCGUCGAAAACCACUCUUCCGUGGAAAUUCAGAUGUUGAUCAACUAGGAAAAAUCUUUGAUGUAAUUGGACUCCCAGAAGAAGAGGACUGGCCUAAUGAUGUUGCCCUUCCAAGAAAUGCCUUUACUUCCAGACCCGCACAACCUAUUGAAAAAUUUGUACCAGAUAUCGAUGAAGUAGGCAAAGACUUGCUUCUUAAAUGCCUAGCGUUCAACCCAGCCAAAAGAAUAUCUGCAUAUGUUGCCCUUUCUCACCCGUAUUUCCAUGAUCUGGAGAAAUUCAAGGAGAAUCUGGACUGUCACGUGUCAUCCAGCCAAAACUCCAGUGAGGUGAAUGCAUCAUAAGUGCUGACCGAAGACGAACCAUUAAUGAACAAGACAUGUAGCUGACAAGGCCACUGUCCCAAACAAACCACAUAGCUGUCCUAGCGAGAUCAUUAUUUUGAGGUUUUAUGCACUUAUCUUUUAUUUUGGGAUUGUGAUGUGCUUAUCCAUGGAAAUCAAUCUAGUUUACUUUUAUCAGAGCAAUGCAAGGGCCAGGGCUUUGACCUGCUCCUGUUGCAGCUUUAUGUUUGUUUUGGUUUUGUUUUGUUUAUCUGCCUGGGAAAACUCCAGACGAAGAGAAGCUGCUGACCAGUUUUGCUGCCGUUUUAUCUUUCUAAUAUUGAAUGCUGCCAGUGUUUCAUGAUCGAGUCACUGCCAUCGAUGCAAUCUCUCUCUCUCUCUAGCUGCUGAAGCGUGAUUUGGUACUUUAUUAUUGUUAUUCUGUGACAUUUAAAGAAUGGCAUUGAAAUACCAGAUCUCUGCAACCUGCAGUUAACUGAUAGAUGUGUUAAUACAUCCAGCUACUGUUAAUUCAUAGCAGAUACGCAGGUGCUUCCCCACUUGAAAACAUGGAUAAAUUAAUUUAUCAUUUUGUUGCUCUAUAAAAAUAACAGUGAUGAUGAUGAUCAUAAUAAAUGUCUCAGCUUUUAGGUUUUUUCAUACACAAACGAGUUAUUAUCUAGCUAUGUUUGUGUGCAUGUUUCAAAAAACUGUCCUGUUCUUACUGUUUCAAUUUCCAGAUGGUCUUUCUGUGUUGAAAUGCAGACAUGUUCUAGUCCAUCAUCUAACCCAUAAUUCCUCCCUGGAAACAGCUGCAAGCAUAUUUUCUUCAUCUCAUUCCAAAUAACUUUCUGAUGUCCAGGUCAAAAGACAUGAGCAGAGCCAAUGAAAAUCAAUACAGAUUUUCACCUUCAACCUGUUCUCAUUGUCAGCCAAAAACAAAAAUAGAAAAAAUAUUUCUGGUUCAGAAGCAGAGAAUCCUAUACCUGCAAUAAGCACAGAGAAGUAUUUGUGCUGCAUUGUACUCUGUAUAUUGUGCUGCCUUACCUGCAACACCCCCAAUACAUUACAAGUGCAUAAACAUUAAUGCUCAAAAUCCCUCACACGUCACUUACUAAGCAGGCUUGUUUUCUAUGCAGAAAUGCAUGACCCUCUCUCCUAAACCACCAUGUGGGGAUACUAGCACAUGCCUCUCCACUAAGGUUAAUGUGCCAUUAUUGAAUGUCAAAAUAACUAAGCAAUUUACUUGCCUUUAUAGCACAGUUAUUUUAAAUAUUACCUGAAAUUUUUAUAUUUAGUAUUUUUACCUUAACUAAAAUAUAUUUUCAGUAUGUCAAAAAAAAAAAACUUUUAUUUUUUUAAUACUGUACUGGGGAAAAAUAACUAUUUUAAAUCCAUAAAAGCUAUUCCCUAGCUGUUCAGUGCAUUUACUUGGGCAUGACUUGGGGGAAAAUAUUGGUCCCCCAAAAAUGAGGAUAACUGAUGCGAAGUGAGGCAGCCAGCUUUGCUUUCUCCUGUGACAGUCCCUUAGGCUUCUCUCUUCCUCUUCCUCUUCUCUGUCUCAUGUUGUCUGGGUGGUGAGCCAGCAUUGUAUCCUCAUGCUUGGCAGAAGCAGGUCCUCAGCAGUGAGUUGGGCAGUGUAACAUUUCCAGCUGUGACAGGGGAGCUUGCAGCCAUCUCACGGGCAGGUCUCUCGCUCCUGUGGCGGCCCUCACUGUUAACUCUGUUUCAGGUAUCUGCACUCUCUGGGUCAUGGUCCGCUGCUAGGAUAGUAAGUGGGUCUUACCUGUCUCCUGGAUAAAGCUUUUUGUUACUGCUAGACAUUUAAAUGUGUGAUACAUGGUUAAAUUAAGUCUACUUUAAACAAGCCAGAGUUUCAAAGGACCACUUGCAUGCUUGCGUGCAGUGGCCUGUGCUUUUCUUUAAGCCCAAAAUGAGCCUGUGCAAAAAACUUAAGCAGCAUGAACAGGCAAGUUGCAAAUUAGGCCUGGCAAGAGCAUGCACAAAGCAUCUGCACACAGAGAUACCACAGGUCUGUAACGUCAGAAUUUCAGAAGCUCUGUGAGCAGGAAGCUGAAGGCCAGGGAGCUGUCACAGCAGCAAACCUAAUCUUGGCCUUACCUUUGUCAUUCUCUUUGUUCCUGCACCCAAAGGGAACUGCAGACCUACUGCAUUGGUGGUGUCCCAAUCCUAUUGCUGUACGGGUUAGUGGACCCAAGUGUGAAUAAUUUUUACAAUUCCCAGAGUAGGAUGGGGCAGAGUGAAUUUUUUUGCUAGCAAUUUUUAAACACUAAGUAGAACAACAAACAGAGACAAAAGUCUGGAGACUCUUGCAAUAGUAGUAAUUAGAAAAGCUUUUUUAUGGAGCUUAGCACUUUUGAAAACAUUCCACAUUUUACCUAGCAUGGAGCUAUCUGUCAUACAUACCUUAUCAGGGCGUUCAGCUGGUGUGGCUUCCCAGCAACUGCUCAGGGAACUCUCCCAGAGCUCUCCACCAACUAAUACAGAGUGAAAAUGUAGAGAAGAAGAUGAUAUUUUCCAAAUUAGGCUUAAAACUCUCAGAUAGAAAUGUGCAUCUGUUCCACAUAAGAAUCUAUUCUAUUAAGCUUAGCAAAGCUAAAAAGUAGACAAUAUGGUUGCUGAAUGUAGAUACAUUAUUAGGGUAAAAACAGAAAGGAAGGGAGAGAAUACUUAAAGCCAAAGGUUAGUGUUGGCUCAAAAACUAAUGAGAAUGUGGAAAUCACCAGAAAUUUAACUACUGGAGCAGUAUUUCCCAAUCAUAGUAUCAAAGAGCUAAGCAAGCAGCAGAGAAAAACAGGGGCUGGCUUAUGGAGUCAGAGGCAGAGCUUCUGCAACAUGGUGCUGUAUGUUGUCUAAUAUAGUAGGAUCAGGUUAUAAAUGAGAGCAUUGAGGAGACCAGUUUCAAAGGGCUGCAUUAAUGGUCACAUUCUGGAACAUCUUUCCAGUGGGAAUGGCAGGAACAAAACCAAGAAAUCUAAGAAUCUUGGCAGGGUUAGGGAAAAUAUUUCUCUAAUGGGGUCCUUGUGGUAGCAAGGGCCUGGAUUCAAAGGACCAACAAUUUUUCAAAUUACCUCCUUUUCCAAAUCUCUUCAGGAAGAAAUUCCAUUUGACAUGCCAUAGACUUAAUCAUAUUCCAGUCUUCCCUGCCAAACCAUGUGGGGCUUCACUUACACUAGUAAACUGAGAACGCCUGUUCUCUGGCUGGGCAGAGCACUGUUGUUGGCUAAUACCAUGCCAGGAAUCAUAUUUAUAAUUAGACAGCACAGACAGCUGUGGGACUGUGCUCAAACCCAUGCCCUUGCUCUUCUUAUAUUACUGGUAUAGCUCUACUAUUUUUGUACCUGUACUCAGUACUGCUAUAUGGGUAGGAUGUAGGAAUUGUGUAAGUGAAAAAGAAAGUGCUGUGAUGUAAACUCUUUGUACACAUUUAAAGAAGACUUCCGAGUGCAAUUCUUCUUAGUGAUAUCUAAACCUGUAUGUGUCCUGUUCUACAGGAGUGGUUCAACAGCAGCUAAAAAAUGCUGAAUAACAGGAGAUGUAUUAAGUAUAGCUCCUAGAACGCCCACAGCCAGGCACUGUGUUCUUCUUAGCAGAGAACAGGGUGUUCUGGGUAAUGGAAGGAGAAAUUUCUAUCUCCCACCAACCUUUUUUUUUUCUUUCUAAUCACUACUACAUAACUCUGCAGAAAAAAACCAGCCCCAAUGGCCAAGGAAAAAAAUCACCACAAGCAGCUAGUGAAGUGCUAAUUGCUGAACCCUAGUAAUCCAUCUGGUGCAGCCCUUUUCUCUUCCCCCUGUCCACACUCACACCAGCCUUCCCAUUUGUCUCCCUCAGCUCCCUUAUGUAAACAGGUUUCAGUGAUGCUCACAGGUGCUAUUUCCAGCAAGAUUCUUCCAAAUUUUCCAUAGCUACACAUAGUGUCAAUGUCCCCUCCAUUCCUAUUACUAAAUCUUGCUUCUUUUAGUCUCACAGUCUAAACCAGUGAUGAGACAAGAACUUUGUGCACCUCCUUGCUUAGGCUUAGUUUUGUGUACCCCUUUGUUGCUUUCUGUGUGAUUAGUAAAAUUCUAAAAAUAGGAUUUGUGCAUAUUUCUGUGUAGGUUGUGCCCAUGCUCCAGGUUUCUUUCAGCAUAUUAGUCCACAAUGAUCAAUAAUAGAGCAUCUUUCCCUGUUGUUUCUGCCUUAAAACACACCAAAAAAUGAGCACGUCAUGUUUGCAAAAAAAGUUAAACUUAGGGCUAUGUGUACAGAGCAUUUUUAAUGAAAGGAAUCACUAAAAUGCAGUAUUUGAACCUCUUCUACAUGGGGGAGGGUUUCCAGCAUGAUAACUCUUACUUGGUUUUUAUAGUCAGUGGUUGUUUUGGUGAAUAAGAAGAAAAUACUGUGCCUUGCUGCUUUUCACAGGUUCGCUCACUGUCUUUGAGUUUUAUUAUACAUAUAAUUCUUUCUGCUGUUAGGUAUUAGACCAACUUUAAUGUGGAAAAUAAAGAGAAAACAUGCUGGUUUGGUCUUCUAGCCAGCAAACUAGGAGCACUUACCUGACUCACAACUGAAAACACAUCACUUGUCAAAUACAUACAUGAAUCAGAAACCACACAGUUCAGUUUUAAAGGCCACAUAAAUUAAUUAUGUUCCACAUAUAAGAUACAUUUGAAUAAUGAGGAAGUUUAUUCUAAGAACUCUGUUUUAUAGAACCACUUGGCUAGUAUUUUUCAUAUACAGUAGGUUCAGGAAUAAAUUGACUUUUAUAUACAAUGUGAAUUAGAAGUUACUAGGCUAUUUGAGUGAUUUUGUUGUUUUAUGCUUGAAGCUUGAAUUGAUUGCAAGCUUAGGAACCUAACAUAUUUAUUUUAUUGCUUCAAAACUGCUUCUAAAUAUCAAGAUCUCUUUUGAUUUUAACAGGAUUUCACACUUUUUUUUUAAUGUGUAAAUUAUGUUCUUGAAGUUAGUAUGUUAGAAAAAGCAUUUUUCCGAACUGCAUUAGUGGGGGGAAAUUUAAGCAAUUUAUUUUUACUUUCACAGAGAGAUAAACUCUUCAAUAACUGACUAUCAAUAAGCUACACUUUCAUUUCCUUUGGAUUACUAAGCCUUGAGUAUACAGGUUACUUUCAAUGAAGAAAAAAGUCAGAAUCUCUAGAAAAUUAAAUGGGAUUUUAUAUGUUUAAGCUUCCAAGUUUUAUUUUCAUAUCCUUUUUUUUUUUGUGGAAGUUCAGUUUAGAUGUACAAAAACAUGACUACAAUUUUAACAGUCUAAGAGGCUGUACAACUCAAAUUGAAGUUUUAUUUGUGAGCUGUUUAUUUUAUUUUAUUAUCUGUCUGCGUCUUGCAGAUUAUUAGAUAAUGGCUGUAAUACAAUUCUAGUUUCUGGACUGGACUCUGUAACCAUCAAAUCUCAAUAAUUUAUGUAAAACAGAAAGAGGCUUUCUCAUAGAUUCUAAUUACCUAGGCCAUUAAAAGGAGAGAGAUGUAGACAUAUGAACUGACAAAUAUACUUUUGCCAAGUGUUGUUUCUUCCCUUUAGUUUGAAGCUUAGCAAGUAUUGCAUACUGAUCUGCAGUACAUAUACAAUGUAAGAACCAUAAAGACCACUUAAGAGUAGUGUGCACAAAUAAUAUGAAAAAUGGCUCAUUAGACUCUUUGAGAAACCAGCUGAAAAUCAUUACUUUAGCUGUAACACUCAAAAUCUUGAAACUCAUAUAUUUUUCCAUUAAAAAGUAUUCCUGAAAAAUUAUGUGUAUGUUUUUAAUUCAGUGAUAGGCACCCAAACAGAACUGAAUCAAGUGGGAGCUUGUUCUCAAAAGUGAUUUUUCCAGGCUGAAUAGAUGCCAUCAGUUCUUCAUGUACUCAUCAGAAACUAAAAUUAACCAGCACCAUUCUUAGAUGAGCCUUUUGCUUUCUGGGCAAAAAAACCCAGAAAAACUGUUGAUAAAGUUAGUGGAAAAUUUGCUUUGACUUAAAAGUCCUGUGGAAGCUUCUGCAAUAUUGUUUUCCAGCCUUCAUUCAAAGACUGUGCAAAACAGCAAAGAUAAAUCAAAACUCCUUAACCUUAUGGUCUUCUCCCCUUCACGUUACAUAUUUAUCUGUUUUGGGAUGAAUUGAUGGGUUUUAUGCAGCCCAAUGUUAAUGAGACUUUUGCAAGGCUAGAGAAUGAAAAAAGAACUUCUGCUGUAGUAUUUUGAUUGUUGGUGGUUGUAGUAGGGCAGAUUUUUUUUGUUUCCAGGAAGGAUCAGACAAAAUAUACUGCCUUCUUUGAAAAAGAAACAAAGAAAAAAGGAAAAAAAAAGCACCCACAAACAGCUGACACUUGGUAAAGAUUAGAGAGAAGAUUUUUAAGAAACUAUUUGGAAAAUAUUGUCAGGAUGAGUGAAAAGGAGUGUAUUUUUGAUGUGAGAGAUAUAAAUGGAAUCAAUGUGUAUCAAUUAUGCAUUGAAACUGAUACUUUUUCACUGACUUUGCUAAGUUGAUAGGGUUUUAUGGAAGAAAAGCAUCCAAGUAUUAAUUUAUUCAAACUACCACUUAAAUGUUCAUUUGCACUAAAGCAACCUGUACUGUUUGAAAGGAGAUGGGAAAACACAUCAUGUUAAACUUGUGAUUUACUUUGGUGUCUACAAGGAUGUGUUGUAAACCUUUCAAGCUCAGUGUCCAUUUUUGAGCAAGCUGAAUUCUCGUUCACACUAUUCACUUUCUGUGAAUCCAUCCACAUGCCUGAAAAAAACCCAUUUUCUUUUCCUAGUGUUUACAUGCAUACUUGCUUGCAUUGACAUGCUCAUGUUAAAUCCAGACCGGGGAAAGUCUGUGCCACUGAAUGGAAAAUGAAUUUUCACAGACUGACAGAUUCCUUUUUACAGAAAUUACUCCUAAAGGGUUUUAAAUCAAUUUUCAGCGUUCAUUUUAUUCCAUGUUUCACACGUACAUCAUGUUAUGCUAAUUCUCAGCCUUUUAAAAAAAAAAAGUAAAACCCCAUUUCUUUAAUGUUAGGAUCAAUUUUGAGUAGUUAGAUGAAGGAGGAAAAUCGUGAUGUGAUGGAAAGAGAAAAAAAUGGGCAGAGAGCAGGAGAGUUGGCAAGUGAGUUUGACUACAUGGAAAAAUUAUUUAUAAACAUAGGGAGAAGACUUUUUUCCAGUUCUUUUGUUUUCUCCUGUCACAUAAGAUGAUAAAGCAAGACUCUGGAACGGGAUUUUGGUUCCAGAUACUUAUGCCAACUCAAGUCGUGAGUUACAGUGCACUUCUUCAACAUAGCAACAGCUCUAUUUUUUUUUUUUUUUAAUUUUGCAUAAGCUAGAGCUUUUUCUGGGUAGAUAUAAAAAAAAGUCUUAUGAGACAGCUUGACAGCAGAUUAAGCUGUCCACAGAGACAGUGCCUGUAGUUCAGCUGCAGGCACUGGAGAAUGCACAGCUCUGCUGCAGGAGAGCCACUGACAGUGUCUAUUGGUGUGCAAUGUUCUGCAUUAGAAGUUGACCCCUGCUGCAAACUGAAAAUCCUUUGGUCAUCCAAAAUAGCAUGGUUUUGCACACUUGGAUUUUGAUAAGGUUAUCCACGUGCAAGUUUUGCUGGAUCAGUCCAUGGUAUCAGUCCAGAACCAUCCUGUAAGAUGGUUCACCAUCUUACAGGGGCGAGUCUGAGGGCUUAGCAAGUGUGUCUGACACCCAGUGUUAAUAAUAAUGCAAAAUCAUCUGCCAUGGGAAAAGACUUUUUGUAGGUUGUAGAGUAGGAACGAGCUUUCUGAGCUGCUCUGCCAACAGGAGAGCUACUGUUAACUAUUAUUAUGUCAGCUCCAAAAAUGCAGAAUAGGAAGCCUGCAUGACACCUUGUUGUGUUCAGUCUCUAUGUGCAUGGGUGACAGGGUAAGUGUUGGCACAGAGUGGCUAAUUUUGGUCCUUCCAUUAAGCAUGAGCAACUGGGCUUGGCACAGAGACAAACUUCACAGGGAUGGGAAACCUCUAAUUCUCCACAGUUCUCUGGCUCUUGUUAAAUACAUAUACUGGUAGACCACUCAGCCAUUCAAGCAGUCCUUUCCUUAUCCCAGAUCAUCCUUCUGUGACACUGUGAAGGAAGCCUUGAGGAGUCUAUUCCUCAGCAGUUUUCCAGCUUCCCUGCUUCCUUUCACUGCAGCAGCAAUUACCUAUAAUUUGUAUCUGACUCUGCUGGGUCUUCCACUACCACUGAACUAGCUGUGAGCUAAGUUACUGCCUUGUGACUCCAAGCUUCCAGUCUUGGCCAGCCAGUGAUUUGUACUCUAGUUUUUCCUUGCUUCUCAUUAGAAACAGGGAAGUAGUACAAUAGAAUAUGGCAAAAUGUGUGCUACUUUCACACUUUUUGGUUUAAGCCAAGCAAUAAGCUAGAAUAGAUUAGAUUGAACAUAAUGUCCAGUUGAUCAGGAAAACCAAUUUUGGAUUCAGAAGAUCAUUUACUAAGUACAGAAGAUCCCUGAACAACUAUCUGUGAUCACAUUUUUACAUGAACACACAAUGAUGCCCCUGUUAUACAGAAGCUUUUGAUGGAUACAAGACUAGAAAUGCCAGCCUCCAACUGCUUGCCCUGCUUCUCCUCACUUUCCCCAAGAUGCCUAUUCCCAGGGAGAGGAUUUCUCCCAGCAUUGGGUGGAGCAACUGUGAAAUAGUCCCCAGCUCUCAAGAUAGGUUGUGUUCAUGUAGAUAAUCAAGCUCAUUCCUUCCCUUUUGGCUAUGGCAGUGUAAAGUACAGAGCCCUGUACACAAGUACUAGGCACAAACAGACCUUAAACACCAAAAUACUCUCCUGAGGGAGAGUCUUCCCUGGAUAUAAAGGGGGAUAGUAUGUUUACUGUUUCUAUGACAGCUGACUUCUACUUUUUGCAUUUUAAACAGCAGUGAUAUAAGAACUCCCCUAAGAAAACUCUCCCACUGCACAAAAGGGACGAUACUGAAUUAUGGACAUUCUGUGGGAAAAGACAAAGUGUUGUAUUCCAGGUAGAUGAUAUGUAUGUCAAACAGUCAUCCUUCAUCUGUGAUAGAGAGUAAUCCACCAAACUGGGUUUAAAAUGUAGCCUGAGUCUGCAGCAUGCUAGUUAAAUAAGUGUUUUUCUAGCAAGGCCCAAAUCCACCAUGAUUUCUUCCAGGCACUUUAUUGGAGUCCCUUUUAAGAAAGGUGGCUGUAACCAUGGGUACAACAAAAUGUACUUCAGAAACUGGAUGCUGGCAAGACGUUUGUGGAUGUGAGGCUGUCGAAGGUGGCUUCAUGUAAGCUCAGGGGGGAUGUGCUUGUGUGAAAGUAUUGGUUGCCAUGCACAUUUUGAACUGAAGUUACCUAUCAAAGGAGUGCAGAACAUAAUCAAAGGGGUGCAGCAUCAUGAGAUUAGAGGCUUUUUCUCUUUAGAUGUCUAGCAACCAUGUGGUGUUCUAGCUCUGUUUUGUUUUGAUUUGAUUUAUUUCACCUCCCCACUGCCAUUCUCCUUCCUAUUGUAUGUAGUAAGUUGAAAAGAAAAGCAUUACCUUAUAGUUUACCAUUUCAAAAAGAGAGAAGGCCAGCAGUCGGAAAAUCUUGAUCAAUCUGUGGUGGUCAAUAUUAAGGGAAUCGUAAUGCUGAGUUGGAAGGGACCUAUCAGGAUCAUUGAGUCCAACUCCAAGAAUCACACCAUGUGCCUAAGAGUGUUGUCCAAAUGCCUCUUGAACUCUGUCUGAACCAGGCUUGGUGCUGUGACCACUUCCCAGGGGGGUCUGUUCCAGUGCCCAGUCACCCUCUGGGUGAAAAACCUUUUUCUGAUAUCCAACUUGAACCCUCCCUGGCUCACCUUUGAGUCCUGUCGCUGGUCAUGAGAGUGAAGUUGUCUCUGUUUAGUUCCAACAAACAAUUCAAUAUCCACGGCAUCUGCCUUUCCAUUAAGCACUGUUAAAAACCUGUCUUUCUCCACAGUGUUCAAAAUCUCUUUGCCAGGAGUUUGAACUCCCUUCCUACAGCCCAUUUGGAGUCACAGCAAUGUGAGCAAACAAAGUUUACAUUAUGAUGGUGCUUUUCAGUGAAAAGUGAGCCAGUUCCAGUUGACAUACAGACUGAAAGAGUCUCAAGGACUCUUAGCCAGGCACCAUUCAUAGGCAAGGCAGUCCCUUCUGCUAGGGAAAGAAAUACAUUUUAACACACUUAGGAUAGGGAAAAUAAAAAGGUGCCAUUUCUUUUUCCAACAGAAUCUGUUUUCUGCACAAUGCUGAAUCAUUUUGGCACUGAAGCCAAGACCACAGAUGAACAUUGAUUCGUUCCUUGCAGUCUUUAAUUUCCUUUUAAAUUCUUUACAAGCAUUCAGAUUAAUGUAUUUGUGGUCCAUUUAAUUCCAAUUCAUUUAAGUGGUCUAUAUCUGCCCUCGAAUCUCAUAUGAAUUUUUUUGUUAAUACAAUAUUUUGCUGCGUUACUUUGAACAGCUUUAAAAGUAUAAUGUUUUUGAAUGCUCUAGUUAAAGAAAAAUUGUACCUUCAAAAGGCUGUGUUACAAGUUGGAACUGUGUACUUUGGAAGUGAUGUUUAUAUUAUAACAGCCAAAGGCAUCACAGGGUGCUUUCGUCUGUAUGUCUGUCUUCUACUUUCUGUGUUACAAUGUGUAUUUGUACUUCCUCACUAACUUGAUACUCUUCAGUCUGAAGGCCUAAAUCUGCAAAGACAUGAAUACAGUACUUCAGCUGAGCAGUCUCACAGAGCAGAGGGGGCUUACUCGUGGGAGUGUAGUUGCUCACAAAAAGUAUUUGCAGAAAAAGGCUUUCCUCUAGGAACUGACUUUAAUUGUGAGGACACAUGGUUAAUAACAGCACCAAGACACCAGUGAAUGGGGUCUGUGUUUAUUGAAAAUGUGGACACAUUUAUCUUCAAGUUAUUUGACAUUAUUCUAAAUUAUUGCUAUUAUGAUUUAGUGUAUUAUUUUGUAUGAAAACACAUUAGUCCUGUGAAAGGGUAGUGGCAAAAAAAUGUGUUGAGUCUUGCUGCUUUAUUGUUUAUUUGCAUUUAGUAUACAUUUUGGUUGUUGAAGUGAAGCUAGCUUCUUAGAGAGGAGGGAAGAUAGAUCAUUCUGAAAAAAUCAAAAAUACGCGUCAUACCGUGCAUUGAGUUUUGCAAUUAGAGUAGUAUAUGUGUUCAGAUUUAGCAAUUUUUAUUUUUUAGAGAAUUUUUGUUUGUUUUAAUAUGGAAUAACUAGAUUACUUUGAAAUGCUAUUGUAGAGCUAAUUUUACACAUAGUAGGGAGAUGUCUGAAAAAUUAAAAUUAUAAAACAUUACAUAGGCUGCCUUUGGCUUCAGUUUGUUUGUAGAAGGCCCAGCAAGUGUCUCUUAAUUUCAGACACUUAAGCCAGGGGUCAAGUUUGUGCAGCAUCUUGUAACUGAAGAAAGUUUUCUGCAGUCAUAAAGUUGCCCAUCUGGGCUUGAAGUAAGAUUGCUGCCUAAACAAAAGCAUAAAGGCAGCAAAUAUAGGUGCUGGGUUUUUGGGAGGUUUUUUUGUGCAUGGACAAUUGCAUGAAUUAGGGUUGGAGAGUCAAAGUAUUUAAAAUCAUUUAGCAUGGUUUACUCUUGUUGUAAUUCCACUGACUACAAUUAAAUUAAACCAAGAAUUUGGCCUUGUAAGUCUACAAAUUUCAGUGUCAGGCAGCUCAGGUCUAUAUAAAGAUACUUAAGCUUAGUAAAUCAGCAAGAAUACUAUAUAAAUUGUAAUGUGUGAUAAAAAUCUUAACUCUAGUUACAUUAUUUCUCUAAAAAUCUCUAUUCAUUGCUUUUUUAUACAAAAGGUCAGAACUGCACUUCUUAGUGGCAUUGAGAUGUAUGGAGAAAAGCAGGAUGCUGGUACAGAAAUGUACCAGAAAUAAGAUUCCGUUCUUACUGCUCCAUGUGUGCCUACUUUACACGUGACAAAUCCCACUGAAGUUAACAGAAGUCAUAUCAAGUUAAGCCUGUUUGUAACUCUCACAAGAUACUGGUUUAAGAAUCUUCAAGAUAAGUUAUGUUCUCAAAAGGCAUUAUUAAACUUGUGCUUUCAGGUUUACAGAAUACUAUGAACAGUGAUGACAGCUUCUGAGACACAUCCAGAGUAAUUUUGUUAAUUGAUAUUAACAAACCAACAUCCAGACCAACAUCCAUUAGCAAAUCAAAAUCUCUCUCAGUACCUUCAUUUCUCAGUACAAUUUUAUUUUAAAAAACCCAAAAAACAAAACAAAACAAAAAAAAUCAGAAAAUUAAAACAGCCUCUAUGCUGUUUGGAUUAUUUCUUUUCUCUCUUUUUCCACCUUUUUUGUCAUAAAAUAUCAUUUUGCUCUGGAGUUGUCUAGGAUUUGCUUAUUCAAGGAAAGCAUGCAAAGCAGUUUGGAAUACAUUUCUUCAUUCACCUUAGGGCAUAUGUUCAGCUGGUGAAAAUCAGCAUAGUCCUGUUGACUUCUACAGCAUUGUAUCAGUCUAUACUGGUGCAACAGUUGGCAUGUCAGGUUUUAGCAUUUCAAGUCACUUUACCUACAUAUGCAGUAGGAUUCUGUUUUGCAAGAUGGAAAGUUAUACAGUGCAAACUGUACUACCUAGACUAGCAUUGAUAUCUAUUCACAGGACAUGAUUUCACUGUAUCAUUUCAUACUUGAAAUUCAUGACGUUCUUUUAAUCAGGGUACAAACAUGAAAAGGUGCGUGUGUUACUGUUUCUUUUAAAGGUGCAUCAUUUUUUUUUAUUCUGUGUGCUUAAUAGCAGUUACUAGUCAGUGUUCUUUACAUUCUUUGCAUUCAGCAUUUAAAUCAUCUAUGUGUGAAAUACAGUAUCACCUGCAGAGGUACAGGAAAAUGUAACAGCUAUUUCUUGAAUUGUUACUCAAAUAUACUGGUUUACCUUUUAGUCAUCAGUAUGACAUCAAGGGGCUACAGCAUGUGAACUGUGGUAUAUACAAGUCUUGCACCAUUGCUGUACAGGAAAUCUUGCAGACUCUCUCCUCUUCUUGCACAGCUGCUGAUUACCAUACAUGCAUUGGGAAAAAGUAUAUUUCUGCUGUACAGAAUGGCUGGGAAGUAACACAGACACUUUGGAAACUCUAGAGCUCCCUUUGCAAGCUUUCAAACAAAGCCCUUUGAUCUAACUGCAUGCCUGUUCUGUGUCCCAAAUUUCACCCUAUGGGGCUUUCUGCUUUAAGAACACCCUCAGCUGGGGCUACUUUAUGUUGACUGCAUUGAAGUUCAUCGGAGCAUGCACCUUACCGUAUUAACAUAUUCUUUAGCUUUUACAAGUUUGUAAAGAUGGUUGACUGCAAAACUAAUGUGUCAAUACAGCAGAAUUAAAUUAAGGCACACACAAAGUUAUCAAUAAUGUAUUAUAUCAGAAUUACAGUCCUUUGGAACUGAAUGUUUUGCUGCUGGCAGUGCAAGAAAAGCAAAGUUGUGUAUUUAUUGUUGGGUGCUGAGGGUUCAGUAUGAAAAUCAAUAUAAUAAAAAUUUUCACAGUGUCUAGUUCUCUUUAGUUCCCAAAUUAUUGAAAAGUAAAAAGGCAAAAAAUUAGUUUUGUAUUUAAAACUGCUUCACCCUUCUAGCUAUAUUUUUCUUUUAUCUAAAAAUGUAAAAUGAAUACAAAUGCAGUAAGUAUUGUAUAUUAAAUACAGAAAAUUAGCAA